GUCGAAUUCGGUCUCAAGUUGGGAUACACGGAAAAAUUAGUUCAAACGGCUCUUUUAAAAUUAGGACCGAGACCAAGUCAAAAUGAACUUCUUGCCGAACUCAUAAAACUCGGUGCUCAAUCGUCAAAGUUGACAGACGUCGAUGAUAAAGAUGGAGGAGAAGAAAUUUGUGUGGAUGAAACCGAGGGAAGAUUGAGACCGAUUGUUAUAGACGGAAGUAACGUUGCCAUGAGCCACGGGAACAUGGAAGUAUUUUCUUGCAAGGGAAUAAAAAUUUGCGUGGAUUGGUUCAGAAACAGGGGUCAUAAGGAAAUUACGGUUUUUGUUCCCAAAUGGAGAAAAGCUGCCUCCAGACCGGAUAAUCCAAUUGUAGAUCAAGAACUUUUAACGGAAUUAGAAAAAGAAAGAAUAGUGGUUUUUACCCCCUCCAGAUUGGUUGGAGGUAAGAGAACAAUAUGUUAUGAUGAUCGUUACGUAUUAAGACUGGCCGUGGAAUUGGAUGGAAUCGUCGUUUCAAAUGACAAUUACAGGGAUCUCGCUCAAGAAAGUGCAGAUUUCAGAAAAGUAAUUGAAGAAAGAACAUUAAUGUACUCUUUUGUAAAUGACAGGUUCAUGCCUCCUGAUGAUCCUCUGGGUAGAUCCGGUCCGACGUUGGAUAAUUUUCUCAGAAUGCAAACUAAAAAGAAUAACACUGCCCUUCCUUGUCCUUACGGUAAAAAAUGUACAUACGGUAAUAAAUGUAAAUAUAAUCAUCCGGAGCGCGGGUCGAUGCCACAUAAAUCUGUGACGGAAAGAUUAGUGGAACACGCUCAAAAACAUUGGCAAGCGAGGGGAGCGAGAGAUUUUUCUGGAGUUCAACUAAAAGGUAAAUCACUGAGCGUUCCUUUAAGCACGGAAGACCAUGUGAAACAACACGGAGCAAUCAAGAAAACUCCUUUGGUCCGUACGAAAUCUGGAACUCCCGCUUUUCCAACUUCUUGUUUCAAUUUAGAAAGUGACAGAGUUGGAAAGAGUAAAAGCGUUGAAAAUAUUUUGAACGAAAAACCUUUUCCGCAAGAUACUUUGACACAAAAUGUUUUUUGGAGGCCUUUGAAUCCGCCCGACUGGCAUUACGCUCAAAUGAUGAAUCAAGGAAGAGCUCACAGCACUGUUGGUCAACGACUCUCAGAUCCCGAAGCUUCUCGAAGUGAAACUCCGAGAAAUCUUCAUAAGAAAUUGGAACGUCAGCUGACGUUAAAUCCUUACGAACAUGAUUUUUACGGCAUGAGACAAAUCAAUGCUGGACCAGUAGAUAAUAUUGAUAAUACUUAUUGGGAACAUCAAAACGUUAGCAGGAUAGCAUCGGCUCCCGAUUCUUUUCGGGUCGUUCAUCCGCAGUCGUCAAAUAGAAGGUCAAUGCAAAGAUUCAGUAGCACAUCAGAUUCUCAAAUUAAUUUAUGUGCUCCAGAUUCAUCUUCGAGCGUAUCGGAUCCGUUUGAAAACAGAACGUGGAUUCCCGCCGCUCAAACUCCUCUAAUAUAUUCCUCGCCGAAUCCCAUGGGAUUACCUCCACAGACUCUCCAUCAAUUUGAUUCGUACUCUAAAGAAGAAGCAAGAAGAAAACUUCACUAUCAUCUCUCUUCAAUUUUUCCGGAAGAACAGGUAAGAGCAGCUCUUCAAUUAUAUCCGAACGAAACGAAACCUCAAGAGAUUUGUGCCGCCAUUUUAGCCAUGUUUCCCUAA